AUGGCUGGAAUGACCCAGCGAACAAUAUCCGACCCUGAGCCUUCGCGUAGCCGAACGAACCAACGAAUGCCAACGUUGGAUCCCAUCCACAGCGCCAAAGAUGCAGGGAAAAUAAGGUCUAGCAGGGAUAGAUGGGCUCUGUUGAACAUCUCACCACUACACCGUGCAUCAACACCGACAAAAUGGGUGGAGUUCAUACAUCAGCGACUGACCAAGCGUAACCAUCCAGCUCUAGGUGCCCUUGACAACCUCAAGGCCAAGCUUAAGGCUGCUUUCUCGAAGAAGAGCAAGAAGCCCGCCGAGAAACCUGCCACUGAAACCAAGGCCGACGAGACCAAGCCUGCGGAGGCUACAACCACCGCAGCUGCCCCGGCUGCCGCCGCUGCUGCUGCCCCUACCGCGGCUGAAGCUCCCAAGGUUGACACCACAUCUGCUGCUGCCAAUGAUACCACCAAGGCUGAGGCUCCCGCCGCCCCUGCUGCUGCCGAGCCCGCUGCCGAACCCGCUGCCGAACCCGCUGUCGCCCCUGCUGCUACCACGGAGGCCAAGGCCACUGAGCCUGCCGCCGGGACCACCGAGACUGCCGCCGCUGUUGCUGCCGCUGACCCUGUUACUGCUGCUGCUCCCGUUGCUGCUGCUGCUGCUCCUGUUGCACCUUCUGCCACAGCCGCUGCUCCUGUCGAAAGCGAGCCUCCUAAGGCUGAGGAGGCUGCUGCUCCGGUUGCUACCCCAGCAGCGCCUGCCGCCUAG